AUGCUUCAGACAAAAUGGGUGUUGUUGGUUGUUGGCAGGGACCAUAUUUUCAUCUUUCAUGUGCCUCGAGACAGCCUUCAGAGAAUUGAGUACUACGCCCUCUGUUGUUCCUCGUCAUUGAUUGUUAGCGUUGUAUGGCUUGAAGUUUCCUUCGUGACAAUGAAGUGCUCGCCUUUGGGUGCAGCUGGUAUGGAUUCGAUGCACUCAACCUCGGCUGUAUUCUAUGAAUGA